AUGGCGGACGGCACAACGGAAAUUGACCUCGACUCGGUCAUCGACCGCCUACUCGAGGUGCGCGGAAACAGGCCAGGCAAGCCGGUGCAGCUACAGGAAUACGAAAUCAAAUACCUGUGUACGAAGGCCCGCGAGAUAUUCAUCAACCAGCCCAUCCUGCUCGAGCUCGAGGCCCCCAUAAAGAUCUGUGGAGACAUACAUGGACAGUACUACGACCUCCUACGCCUGUUCGAAUACGGCGGAUUCCCACCAGAAGCGAACUACCUCUUCCUCGGCGACUACGUCGACCGCGGGAAACAAAGUCUGGAGACGAUCUGCCUCCUGCUAGCCUACAAAAUCAAGUACCCAGAGAACUUCUUCAUCCUCCGCGGGAACCACGAGUGCGCGAGCAUAAACCGCAUCUACGGCUUUUACGAUGAGUGCAAACGCCGGUACAAUAUCAAGUUAUGGAAGACCUUCACCGACUGCUUCAAUUGCCUCCCGAUCGCAGCGAUCAUCGACGAGAAAAUCUUUACCAUGCACGGCGGUCUUUCUCCCGAUCUGCAAAGUAUGGAGCAGAUCCGUCGCGUGAUGAGGCCGACGGACGUCCCCGACACAGGUCUGUUAUGCGACUUGCUCUGGUCCGACCCGGACAAAGACAUCACGGGAUGGUCCGAGAACGACCGUGGAGUGUCGUUCACGUUUGGACCGGACGUCGUCUCGCGCUUCUUGCAGAAGCACGAUAUGGACUUGAUCUGCAGAGCGCAUCAGGUCGUAGAAGACGGCUACGAAUUCUUCGCGAAACGACAGCUCGUCACAUUGUUUAGCGCGCCUAAUUACUGUGGCGAGUUCGACAACGCCGGUGCGAUGAUGUCGGUCGACGAGACGUUGCUGUGCUCGUUCCAAAUCUUGAAGCCGGCAGAGAAGAAGGCGAAGUACCCGUACGGCGGGAUGAACAUGGGACGGCCUGUCACGCCGCCCCGCAAGCAGAAGAAGAAGGACGGCAAGUAG